GCAUCACCACUGCAUGAUGUUGGGCUGUUUAAUAUACAUUAUUUUUAGAGAAACAAUAGAAGCCGGUAAUUUAGAAAUUACCUAACAGACUUGCAGAUGGAUACUUUAUUGGUGAGGGUAUAAGGGGAUUCUCAGGGCAGCUCUCAGUAUAUCUCUGUCUCUCCUACUGGUGGGAUGUCUUGAAGAAGCCUGUGUUUAACAGCCGAAACGUCGACAGAUAAUUACGUGGUGCAGAUCCAGAGACCUUGAGGAUGGACAUGGACCGGAGUCAAACAAAUGAGAGGAUAUUACAUCUCACCCUGGAGAUCGUCCACCUGCUGACUGGGGAGGAUUACAUAGUAGUGAAGAAGGCAUCCUUUGACCAUCUGACAACCAUGAACUGUGCCUCCAUCACGGUGCCUCCACCUCAGUCACAGAUACUUGAGAGGCACAAUGACCAGAAGAUCCUGGAACUCACCAAAAAGAUAAUUAAGCUGCCGUCUGGAGAGGAGGGGGAGUAUAUAGAGGAACACAGGGGUCUGUACAAGGACGUGAUGAUGGAGAAUCACCGGCCCCUCACAUCACUGGAUGGACCCAGUAACAGAGAUACCCCAGAGAGAUGUCCCCGUCCUCUGUAUUCCCAGGAUUGUACAGAGGAGAAUCACAGGAUACCACAGGAGGAUCAGAGUGAAUUUCUGACUGAUAAUAAUGCAGACGAUAUAGUGGGAGAAGAAGAGACGUAUGUGCUAGAUAAUAUGGCAAUACAUACAGAAGGAGAAGAAGAGACAAAUGUGACUGAUAUAAAGGGAGAAGAGACGUAUGUGAUGGAUAAUAUGGCAAUACAUACAGAAGAAGAAGAGACAAAUGUAACUGAUCUAAAGGGAGAAGAGACUUAUGUGAUGGAUAAUAUGGCAAUACAUACAGAAGGAGAAGAGACAAAUGUAACUGAUCUAAAGGGAGAAGAGACGUAUGGGAGAGGUGAUCAGCAGUGUAAGGAGGAAGAAAUCCCUACAAUUAUCAGCUCAGCAGAUGGACAAAGAUGCAGGAAUACCUCGGAGGAACAUCUAACUGUGUUUCCAGAUUUUAAAUUAGAAAAGAACAUCACACGAGAUUCUGCAGGGGAGAACCCCAUUACCCCAAUUAUACAUCCAGUACCUCACAGUGCAGAUAUAUCAUCUGAUCCCUCUAACCAUGAGGAGUGUCCCAUUAAUUCAGAUGUUGCUACACAUAAUGCAGCUCCUACAGAUGCUACAGUUUUUCCCUCUUCUGAAUUUGUUGAAAGUGUUAAUAAUCAGUCAGUCUGUAUUAGACAGAAGAAGCGCACAUGUAAGAAACAAUAUCCAUGCUCUGAGUGUGGGAAAUGUUUUAUGUAUAAAUCAAGUCUUAUUACACAUCAGAAACUUCACACAGGUGAGAGUCCAUUUUCAUGCUCUGAAUGUGGGAAAUGGUUUACACAGAAAUCGGGUCUUCUUCUACAUCAGAGACUUCACACAGGUGAGAGUCCAUUUUCAUGCUCUGAUUGUGGGAAAUGUUUUAAUCAGAAAUCACAUCUUAUUGCACAUCACAGAAGUCACACAGGUGAGAAACCAUUUCCAUGCUCUGAGUGUGAGAAAUGUUUUUCACUUAAAUCACAUCUUAUUACACAUCACAGAAGUCACACAGGUGAGAAGCCGUUUCUGUGUUCUGAGUGUGGGAAAUGUUUUACACAUAAAUCAACUCUUGUUGCACAUCAGAGAAUUCACACAGGUGAGAGGCCGUUUCCAUGCACUGAAUGCGGGAAAUGUUUUUCAAUGAAAUCAGAUCUUGUCAAACAUCAGAGAAUUCACACAGGUGAGAAGCCAUUUUCAUGCUCUGACUGUGGGAAAGGUUUUCCAUAUAAAUCACCUCUUAUUAAACAUCAGAGAGUUCACACAGGUGAAAAGCCAUUUUCAUGCUCUGAGUGUGGGAAAUGUUUUCCAGAUAAGUCACCUCUUCUUAAACAUCAGAGAAUUCACACUGGUGAAAAGCAAGUUUCAUGUUCUGAGUGUGGGAAAUGUUUUACAAAAAAAUCAGCUCUUGCUGCACAUCAGAAAAUUUUACGUUGUGCGGAUCCAGAGACCCUGAGGAUGGACAUGGACCGGAGUCACACAAAUGAGAGGAUAUUACAUCUCACCCUGGAGAUUGUCCACCUGCUGACUGGGGAGGAUUACAUAGUAGUGAAGAAGGCAUCCUUUGCCCAUCUGACAACCAUGAACUGUGCCUCCAUCACGGUGCCUUCACCUGAGUCACAGAUACUUGAGAGGCACAAUGACCAGAAGAUCCUGGAACUCACCAAAAAGAUCAUUGAGCUGCUGUCUGGAGAGGAGGGGGAGUAUAUAGAGGAACACAGGGGUCUGUACAAGGACGUGAUGAUGGAGAAUCACCGGCCCCUCACAUCACUGGAUGGACCCAGUAACAGAGAUACCCCAGAGAGAUGUCCCCGUCCUCUGUAUUCCCAGGAUUGUACAGAGGAGAAUCACAGGAUCCCACAGGAGGAUGAGAAUGAAUUUCUGACUGAUAAUAGUGCAGACGAUAUAGAGGGAGAAGAAGAGACGUAUGUGAUAGAUAAUAUGGCAAUACAUACAGAAGGAGGAGAAGAGACAAAUGUGACUGAUAUAAAGGGAGAAGAGACGGAUGUGAUGGAUAAUAUGGCAGAAGAUACAGAGGGAGAAGAAGAGACGUAUGUGAUAGAUAAUAUGGCAAUUCGUACAGAAGGAGAAGAAGAGACAAAUGUGACUGAUAUAAAGGGAGAAGAGACGGAUGUGAUGGAUAAUAUGGCAAUACAUACAGAAGAAGGAGAAGAGACAAAUGUGACUGAUAUAAAGGGAGAAGAGACGGAUGUGAUGGAUAAUAUGGCAAUACAUACAGAAGAAGGAGAAGAGACAAAUGUGACUGAUAUAAAUGGAGAAGAGACGUAUGUGAGAGGUGAUCAGCAGUAUAAGGAGGAAGAAAUCCCUACAAUUAUCAGCUCAGCAGAUGGACCGAUGGGCAGGAAUACCUCGGAGGAACAUCUAACUCUGUUUCCAGAUUUGAAAUUAGAAAAGAACAUCACACGAGAUUCUGCAGGGGAGAACCCCAUUACCCCAAUUAUACAUCCAGUACCUCACAGUGCAGAUAUAUCAUCUGAUCCCUCUAACUAUGAGGAGUGUCCCAUUAAUUCAGAUGUUUCUACACAUAGUGCAGCUCCUAUAGAUGCUACAGUUUUUCCCUCUUCUGAAUUUGUUAAAAGUGUUAAUAAUCAGUCAGUCUGUAUUAGACAGAAGAAGCGCACAUGUAAGAAACAAUACCCAUGCUCUGAGUGUGGGAAAUGUUUUACACGUAAAUCAAGUCUUAUUACACAUCAGAGACUUCACACAGGUGAGAGUCCAUUUUCAUGCUCUGAAUGUGGGAAAUGGUUUACACAGAAAUCGGGUCUUCUUAUACAUCAGAAACUUCACACAGGUGAGAGUCCAUUUUCAUGCUCUGAAUGUGGGAAAUGGUUUACAAAGAAAUCGGGUCUUCUUAUACAUCAGAGACUUCACACAGGUGAGAGUCCAUUUUCAUGCUCUGAAUGUGGGAAAUGGUUUAAUCAGAAAUCACAUCUUAUUGUACAUCACAGAAGUCACACAGGUGAGAAACCAUUUCCAUGCUCUGAGUGUGGGAAAUGUUUUUCACUUAAAUCACAUCUUACUGUACAUCACAGAAGUCACACAGGUGAGAAGCCGUUUCUGUGUUCUGAGUGUGGGAAAUUUUUUACAUAUAAAUCAACUCUUGUUACACAUCAGAGAAUUCACACAGGUGAGAGGCCGUUUCCGUGCACUGAAUGCGGAAAAUGUUUUAUAAAGAAAUCAGAUCUUGUCAUACAUCAGAGAAUUCACACAGGUGAGAAGCCAUUUUCAUGCUCUGACUGUGGGAAAUGUUUUCCAUGUAAAUCGCCUCUUCUUAAACAUCAGAAAAUUCACAUAGGUAAGAAGCCAUUUUCAUGCUCUGACUGUGGGAAAUGUUUCCCAUAUAAGUCGCCUCUUCUUAAACAUCAGAAAAUUCACAUAGGUGAAAAGCAAAUUUCAUGUUCCGAAUGUGGGAAAUGUUUUACAAAAAAAUCAGCUGUUGCUGCACAUCAGAGAAUUCACACAAGAUCUAGAAACAAAAUGAAUUCUCUUAUGCUUUUGAACUAUAAUGGUGAAUAUGAGGUCACCUUUGAUAUUUUACGUGGUGCGGAUCCAGAGACCCUGAGGAUGGACAUGGACCGGAGUCACACAAAUGAGAGGAUAUUACAUCUCACCCUGGAGAUUGUCCACCUGCUGACUGGGGAGGAUUACAUAGUAGUGAAGAAGGCAUCCUUUGCCCAUCUGACAACCAUGAACUGUGCCUCCAUCACGGUGCCUUCAUCUGAGUCACAGAUACUUGAGAGGCACAAUGACCAGAAGAUCCUGGAACUCACCAACAAGAUAAUUGAGCUGCCGUCUGGAGAGGAGGGGGAGUAUAUAGAGGAACACAGGGGUCUGUACAAGGACAUGAUGAUGGAGAAUCACCGGCCCCUCACAUCACUGGAUGGACCCAGUAACAGAGAUACACCAGAGAGAUGUCCCCGUCCUCUGUAUUCCCAGGAUUGUACAGAGGAGAAUCACAGGAUCCCACAGGAGGAAGAGAAUGAAUUUCUGACUGAUAAUCGUGCAGACGAUAUAGAGGGAGAAGAAGAGACAUAUGUGAUUGAUAAUAUGGCAGAAGAUAUAGAGGGAGAAGAAGAGACGUAUGUGAUAGAUAAUAUGGCAAUACAUACACAAGGGGAAGAAGAGACAAAUGUGACUGAUAUAAAGGGAGAAGAGACGUAUGUGAGAGGUGAUCAGCAGUGUAAGGAGGAAGAAAUCCCUACAAUUAUCAGUUCAGCAGAUGGACAGAGAGGCAGGAAUACCUCGGAGGAACAUCUAACUGUGUUUCCAGAUUUUAAAUUAGAAAAGAACAUCACACGAGAUUCUGCAGGAGAAAACCUAAUUUCCCCAAUUGUACAUCCAGUGCCUCACAGUGCAGAUAUAUCAUCUGCUCCCUCUAACCAUGAGGAGUGUCCCAUUAAUUCAAAUGUUUCUACACAUAGUGCAGCUCCUACAGAUGCUACAGUCAUUCCCUCUUCUGAAUUUGUUAAAAGGGUUAAUAAUCAGUCAGUCUGUAUUAGACAGAAGAAGCGCACAUAUAAGAAACAAUAUCCAUGCUCUGAGUGUGGGAAAUGUUUUACACGUAAAUCAAGUCUUAUUACACAUCAGAGACUUCACACAGGUGAGAGUCCAUUUUCAUGCUCUGAAUGUGGAAAAUGGUUUAGACAGAAAUCGGGUCUUAUUACACAUCAGAGACAUCACACAGGUGAGAAUCCAUUUUCAUGCUCUGAUUGUGGGAAAUGUUUUAAACAGAAAUCACAUCUUAUUGUACAUCACAGAAGUCACACAGGUGAGAAACCAUUUCCAUGCACUGAGUGUGGGAAAUGUUUUUCACUUAAAGCACAUCUUAUUACACAUCACAGAAGUCACACAGGUGAGAAGCCGUUUCUAUGUUCUGAGUGUGGGAAAUUUUUUACACAUAAAUCAACUCUUCUUACACAUCAGAGAAUUCACACAGGUGAGAGGCCGUUUCCGUGCACUGAAUGCGGAAAAUGUUUUAUAAAGAAAUCAGAUCUUGUCAUACAUCAGAGAAUUCACACAGGUGAGAAGCCAUUUUCAUGCUCUGACUGUGGGAAAUGUUUUCCACGUAAAUCGCCUCUUCUUAAACAUCAGAGAAUUCACACAGGUGAGAAGCCAUUUUCAUGCUCUGACUGUGGGAAAUGUUUUCCACGUAAAUCGCCUCUUCUUAAACAUCAGAAAAUUCACAUAGGUGAAAAGCAAAUUUCAUGUUCCGAGUGUGGGAAAUGUUUUACAAAAAAAUUAGCUCUUGCUGCACAUCAGAGAAUUCACACAAGAUGAAAACCGUAUCAAAGAUAUUAAAGAGGGUUGCAGCAAUCUAUUGUAAAAGUCAUUAUAUCUCUUUUUCGGGGUCCAUGCUGAUUCACAGGGACAAUCAGGUUGUAGAGCUGCGGAGAAGAUCUAGGCAUCAAAGGCUUUUAAGCUCCCAGGAUGCUUCGGUCCUCUCUUCCUAUACCCCACCCACUGGCCAAAUGACUCCAAUUUUUCUCUGGUGCCGGAUGCACCAUUAGACAGAGUGGUUGCAUCUAAGCAACCACAAGCUUUACUUUCAUUUAUUUUUACUUCAGAGCAGCAGCACUUGGCUGUCCAGCGGAUGCCAGCGCUGUUGCUCCUACAACUCCCCACCCGGCGCAGCAACACCAGUAACUGGUCUUGUAAUCUCGACGGGCGCCGGAUAAGGCUCACGCUAGCAAAGCUUUUCGGAAACCACCGCCAGCCAGCGGGGGGACAGGUAAGGCGGGUCUCCGUGCAAGCGGAGCCCCACGUCUUUUAGUGUGGUCUUUCCUCUGGUUGCGGAGAUGGACCAGAGGUGCAGGUGUGGGCGCCGGUCCAUCCACGACCCUACUAGGCCCACUAGGGCAAUAUUGUACCGGGUAGCUGGGGAUAUUCUACAGCCAGGCUCCCCGGGGGUAACGUCAGCAUAGGGGAGGUACGCUACCCCAGCGGCCCCUUCCCCGACUCAGAGCGAGUCUCCACAGCAGUUUCCCGCCUUUGAGCUGCUCCUCCCUCACCCUCCUCUCUUUCAGAGACGCUCAGCGGCUAUUUCCUCAGGGUCACAGGCUGCAGCUGAAGCUCUCCAGUAUACCUGUCCUCAUCAAUCAUGUUAUACAGCAGUUCAUAUCCUGUGUAGUUGAUACAGUGCCCAUUGCAAUAUAAAUAUAUAUAUAUAUAUAUAUAUAUAUAUAUAUUGUUAAAUACUACUUUAACCAUGUUGUUCGAGUUAACGUUAAGUAACUGACUGUAUGGAAGUCAGAUUUAGAAAAGCAAGUGAAUAUUUAUUUUUAAGGACCACGCCCAUAUACAGGUUUAGAGACUACAUUCUCUUAGCCUGGGUCAAAAUUAAUCAACCCAGAAACAUGUCAAUACAAUGAAUUUUAUAACAUACAGUUACGCCCCAUUCUUAUAACCCUCCCAUAUGAUUUCAUGCAUCUUCAGUACAGUGUUAUGCAAUAUUAGGACAAUUGGCAAAGACAACCAAGAGAUAUUUAGCCAAUACAUCCUCAUGAUGAGUCUGACUCGUGCUUUUAACCAUGUGUCCUUGAUUAUAAUAAAGUAUACAAUUUUCCUAA